UCGAAAUGGAUAUCUGUUAUAUUUUAUGCUGUCUGCCUGGACUAAACCUGAUAAUCCCACUAAGAUCCCUGCUAGUUCUCACUUCAUGGACUCGGUCGGCUGUUGAAUGUCUGAAUGCGUCCUUAACAUGCCACCAUCCGGAAUCUCAAAUUGUUUACCUAACCUACCUAGGUAUUUAUGAAUUUAUGAGAACUGUUCUUUGUUUACCUGUCAUGUAGAGAGAGAAAUGACCAUCCGCUUAGAAGUCUAGACCGUUGAUCCUAAAGCUGUAACCUAGGGUAUUUCCAGUUUCCGCCCCCAAUGCGAAAUACAUUGGGUCAUAGCUUUUGCUUAACGGUGAGAAAAUUAGGCAUCCUUUUAACCUAGUUGUUGAAUAGGAGUAUUUUAAGGUUGAAUAAUUCUAUUCUACUUCUUCGGAAGUUCUCUACUUUUCUUUCUUAUAAUUCGUUAUCUUAACAUUCGUCUUGGCAGCAUAGCCGCCCAGUAUUAGUGAUAUUAUCACUCAGUUACAAAUCUCAAAUUUCUCUUUAAACACAUCUCAGCCAAUCAUUUGCGCGUAGGCCAUUUCAUUACAAACACGGCCCAAGAUGUAUAACCUACCCGUCAAAACAUCCUACGAGUCCAAUGAUAUCCCCAUCCCGGAAGAAUUCCUAAGGUCGGAGCCGCACGAUGCACAGCCUAUCGCUUUCAAAAAGAUAGACUUCGCUGAUACCGUGCUGACGGAGUACAAGGGCCUGUACGCUGUGGUGCUGGACCAUGUUAUCAGCCCAUCCGAGUGCGCCAAGCUCAUCGAGCUGGCCGAAGCCAGUGUGCCCUCCAAGAACAAAAACAAGAUAAACGGGUCUCCCUGGGCACCUGCGCUCGUCAAUGUUGGUGGUGGAUACGAGGCCGAGGUAUUAGACUACCGCAACAGCGACCGCAUCAUCUGGGACCAGCAGGAUGUCGUCGACCGUCUUUGGGCACGUCUAGAGCAAGUCCCAGAGAUUAAAGACACGCUCCUCACGUCUGAGCAGCCAAAGGGAACGGUGUGGGACUUCCAGCGCCUCAACAAGCGCAUGCGCUUUCUGAAAUACGGCCAGGGCCAGUUUUUCAGGCCGCAUUGCGACUCCCCUUACGGCCAGACUGAAGAUGGGAAAUCGGUGCUCACGCAUUAUACCGUGCACUUAUACCUGAACGACUCGAAGCAGGAGGUUGGAGACGCGGCUGAUCUAGUCGGCGGCGCGACGUCCUUCCUCUCGCCUAACCAAAAGCGGAAACAUGAUGUGAAUCCUAAAGCUGGCCGGGUCCUAAUCUUUCAGCACCGGAGGCUGUACCAUGCGGGGGAUGAUGUCUUGGAUGGGAUCAAGUAUACGAUGAGGACGGAUAUCAUGUAUACUAUACGGGAUUCGGAGAUCGUGAAUACCAGCUAGAACGUUGUCGCGCCCUCAGUUUUCUUCCGAGACGCUCUGCCUAUAGUCAGUAGCAAUGGUUGAGAAUAUAUUUUAUUCCACAUGGCCAAAUAUCUAUGUGUUUUAAUAUGUCUAGAUCUGUAUGUUAGAAUGUUAGCUAGAAGUAGAGUGUUCAGAUGAUGACGACUUACACAAUGUCCUAUGUAAAAUGUGU